ACCGUAUGCAUAACCAUCAGGAGCAAUGGCAUGUACUCAUGGAAUGACAGUGAAAUAGUUAUUAGCACAAAAAUUUCUUACAAUACUUAGUAGCUUCCAAACUUCAUUUGUCAGCCAAGGUUAAUGUUGAGCACCCUUAGGCGUUUCAACAUCCUGCUCCAAAUUCAGUGCAGCAAGUUUCAUACCAGACACAAUACACUUGAGGGUGCAUGAAAUACUGCAACAAUACGUUGAAUUCGUUUACAGGUGCUUGGCUCUUUGGUCACUAUUACAACAACAUGUGAAGACGGCCACACAGUGACUUGGCACAGCCAGCCAAAGAGUGGAAACAAUGCUCUUGGCAAUGUUGCACUUGCUGCCAGCAUCCUUUUUACUGGAUGCAGCCCGAUGCAGACACUGCGCUUCUUGCGGAAUGCCGGGAUAAGCUGCUUCUCCAGCAGAACUUAUUACCGCAUUCAGCAUGACCUCUUGCUGCCAGCCGUCAACAAGGUUUGGGAGAAAGAGAAGAUGGCAUUGCAUCAGCAGCUAAAGCCAACAGGAGCGAGGCUUGCAGGGGACAGCCGAUCCGACUCCCCCGGAUACUGCGCCAAGUACGGCACGUACUCAUUGUUGGAGACGUCCAUCAAUAAAAUAAUUGAUGUUGAGCUUGUUCAGUCAAAUGAAGUAGCCUCCAGUGGCCAUAUGGAGUUGGAAGGGCUGAAAAGGACACUAAAAAACCUCCAUGACAGUGGAAUCGCAGUGCUUGAGAUCGUGACGGACCGCCAUCCACAAGUGCGGAAGUACUUAAGGACACACCAGCCUCCUCUGCUCCAUCUUUUUGAUGCAUGGCAUGUCAGCAAAGGCGUCAAAAAGCAGCUUAUCGCUGCUGGCAAGCACCGAGGCUGCGAAUUGAUUGGCCUCUGGAGGCGGUCUGUCAUAGCACAUCUCUACUUCGCCGUCGGAGUUGGAAAGGGCAAUGGGGAUCUUGCCAUAGCUGUGUGGCUCUCCCUCCUGAAUCACAUCCAGGACAAGCACACUGGACACGGCCUGCUGUACCCGGAGUGCAAGCAUGGGGAGCUGGAGCGAAGGAAGUGGAUCUUGCCAGGCACGGAUGCUUAUGACAGGCUACAUGCCAUUGUCACAAGCAAACGGCUUCUGGAUGACAUCAGGCAGGUGUCGCCCAAUUUUCAGACAUUUGGCGUGGAGUCAUUCCACUCCAUAAUAAACAGGUUCGCUCCAAAAUGCUAUGCAUUUUCGCAUCAAGGGCAGCUGGCCAGGUGUCUGCUUUCCGCCCUUCAUUACAAUGAAAAUUCGGGAAGAAUGCAGGCAGCAACGAAGAAAGGGGAUCUGCGAUGGCAGAUAAAGCAUCCAAAGGCGAGGGGAGGCGAGCCUGUUGCUUGUCCCAUCAGAGAACUGCCCACUUAUGCCUACGUGAACCAUCUUCUGUCUGCUGUCGAGGAGCUGCUUGCUUGUGGCAGUAAAGGUGGAACGGAUGCCACGCCACAGCCACCACACUUGUCAGCUGCCUUUGGGCCAGUCGACAAGGUGGCCAUUGUCGAAGCCCACAAGUCACGUUUCGCAGGCAACUGAAAGCCAGCUGACAUCUUCGUCUUCUCCUGCUGAGCUGAUAUUGCUGACACUGUUUGCAACUAGCGACAUAGUGAUAGACUGUCUCCCCCAUUCUGGGCCUGUAAAGCGCUCCCGUUUCUGCUUCAACAUUCUGAUGAACCCUAGAUGGCAAGCGGUCGCAUCAUCAUGCAUAGCCCUAAAUAUGUCCAAUUGCGGAUUCUGUAGUAUCACCAGAAUAGGAAUACCUGGAGUUUUACAUCCCAAAACCAUGAUAGGAUUAUGAGGGACACCGUAGUGGAGAACUCUGGGAAUUUCGACCAUUUGGUGUUCUUUAACGUGCACUGACAUUGUACAGUACACUGGCCUCUAGCGUUUCGCAUCCAUCGAAAUGCGACUGCCGCGACCAGGAUCAAACUUGCAACGGAAGCAGCUGCAUCGUGUUGGUUGAUUUACUGAACACAACCAGCACAAAGCUGUUACGGUUACUGUUGAACUUCGUUUAUUCGCAGGACAGAUGGUCAGGCAAAUAUGGCGUCGUUGGGCUGCACCAGCUCACGUAUUCUUACUGUUGUCCUGCUCGGAUAAUACCGUUGCAAUAUUUCCUUAUGGAACUGCUCCCUUGGUUUAUUUCAUUUCUGCCACCAUCCAUCGCUGGAAUUUUCUGUGAGAACUGUGGAGAAAGAGUUUUGAUUGUGCUGUCAUUGUAUAAUUUUUAUCAGCGACAUGUUCAGUCUCUUGGGCAGAAGUGCUUUGUUCUCUAUCAAAGUCGGACUAUUAGGCAGGUAAUUUCAGCGAUCCUGCUUAACACUUGAUCAUUGUAAUCAGCUUCUUUUCCAUAUAACGCUUUCAGUUCUCUGGCAGGAAUGUGCAACACAAAUAUUUCGUGCAGCUUGCACAGCUCAUUGUUGCCAGGAGUCAGCUACUAUAUUCCUUGGAACUUCUUGCGUUAGAACACAGAAUGAAUUCAGCUGACACAGUAGGUCACUUGUUGACACAGGGUGUUUUUUAAUCUGUGGUGACGUGACUGAUACCUCAACUGAUAAUGUAAUGGCUCAUCAGGCAGCUAAGCAUCAGGCAGCAUUGAGCAGCUAAGGAUGUCAGUUUAAUGCCGUUUUUCAGGUUCCUGUUCGCUUCUUACAUAGUCCGUGAGGUCAAGACGACUGCAUCCUUUCAGAAAUUUGGAGAAUGUAUUCAGUGCUACGUGUACAGGCUUGGCAACUCUUUCUGUUUUGU